AUGAAGUUAACGCCGGAACUGAUCGAAAGCGGGUAUCAAUACAUCAACAAAGCGACGAGAGAUCGUGAACUGGAUCUGAGGGCCUAUAAGGUAACCGUCAUCGAGAACUUGGGCGCGACGUUGGAUCAGUUCGACUCAAUCGACUUCUCCGACAACGAUGUCCGCAAACUGGACGGCUUCCCACUCCUGGUCCGCCUCAAGACACUCCUCUUCAACAACAAUCGGAUCAGUCGUAUGGCCGACGACUUAUACGAAUCCAUUCCCAACUUAGAGACACUCAUUCUGACGAGUAAUCACAUGCAAGAGUUGGGUGACAUCGAGCCGUUGGCCGCCUUCGCACGUCUCACCACAUUGUCUCUCCUCAAUAACCCGAUCGCAACCAAAAAGCAUUACCGGCUUUACGUGAUCCACAAAUUACCGCAAAUCCGGUUAUUGGACUUCAGGAAAGUGAAGGAAAGGGAGCGCACGGAAGCCAAACAGCUGUUCAAAGGCGCGAAAGGCAAACAACUCGAGUCCGAGAUCGGUGUCAAGUCCAAGACGUUUACGCCGGGAGUGCCCGACUCGGACGGCGCCGCACCGGCCAGAGAGUCGAGCCGACCCGUGCACACGGCCGCCGACGUGGAGGCCAUCAAAGCGGCCAUUUCUAAGGCACAGACGCUGGAAGAGAUCGAGCGCUUGAAUCAGUUGCUGAAAUCGGGUUAUAUUCCCGGCAAAAGUGAUGCCAUUCAACGAAAUGCACAGAAAGUGACACAAAUUGUUGAGGAGGAAGAAGAGGACGACGACGAAGACAGCACUGCGAUGGAGACCAACGCCAAUGGAAGCGCCAAUUAA